AUGCUGCACUUCGAAGGCAGCAGCUUGCUUCGGCACCACAUCGUGUGUAGCAUCCUCUCAAAGCAUCCGGUGCGCAUCACCAACAUCCAUGAUGACGAGGACCCGAUGGGCGUUCAGGCCCACGAAGCAAACUUCCUCAAGUUUAUCGACCGCGUCACGAGCGGCUCCUCCCUGCAGUGCACCGACCACAAUACCACGUUGCAGUUCACGCCCGGCAUGAUCUUGGGCGGGUCCUUUUUGCACGAGGUGCCCUCGCAGCGCUGCGUCACGUACGUUAUCGAGGCGGCGCUGCUGCUGCUUCCUUUUGCAAAGUUCGACUCGCGCAUCACCUUUGUAGGCGCCACCCAAGGCGAGCUGGACCUCUCCGUGGACACGGUGCGCACAGUCACCAUGCGGUGGGUGCAGCUGUUUGGGGUGCAGGGCAGUCUGCGGAUCAUCCGCCGCGGCGCCGCCCCUGGUGGCGGUGGUGCGGUGGAGCUAGACAUCAAGGCCAUCCGGCGUCUCACUAGCACUACGGCGAAGGAGCGCGGGCGGGUGCGGCGCAUUCGCGGCAUCGCCUUCGCCUCUCGGACCGCGGCCGACCUGCCGCAGCGAACCGCUACUGCAGCCAAAGGAGAACUGCUCAACUUGCUGCCUGAUGUGUACGUGGUGACCGAUGUAGACAACGGCAAGGCCAACCGGAACGACCGUGUCAGUGGCUACGGCGUUGUACUGGUCGCCGAGACAACGAGCAAGCUGUGCGUCAUCUCCCAGGAGUCGGUCGCCAUGCCGCAGGAAUCACCCGAGGACGUCGGCAAGCGUGCAGCACAGCUUUUGUUCGACCAGAUUUACGAGGGUGGCUGCGUCGACGCGCACCAUCAGAUGCUGGUGCUGCUGCUGAUGGCACUCAGCCCGGACGAGAUCUCAACCGUGCGCUUCGGCCAACUGAGCGCGAGCGGUGUGUCGGCGCUGAUGCUGAUGGACUCGUACUUUGGAGUGUCGUGCGCCGUCAAGCCAGACCCGUCCUUCGCGGGGCCGAAUCUGCCCCCCACAACGCUAGUGACCUGCCUCGGCAGCAAUGCCGUGAAUGUUUGGAAGAAGGCAAGCUGA